AUGUCCACAACCACGACUACAACAGCCAGCAAAGCUGGCAAAACCAUAACGAUCACGCCUACGCCUCCAUGGACGCCGCUAAAGAUCGAAGGAGAGAUACCUUCUCCUUACAACACACCGAAGUUUCAGCUCGAAGUCAUUCCGUUGCACCCUACUUUUGCUUGCGAGCUCAGAGGCGUUGACUGGAGCAAACCAGUCCCGCUAGAAGUAUAUGCAGAGAUCCGAGAGGUGGUUGACAAGGUUAGCCAAAUCACUGAGCUUGUCGUGCCAUACACUGACAGCUCGAUUAGCUUCUCCAGCUACUUCGGAGAGCUGGAUGAUGUUCGACCAUACAUUGAUGCUGGGAGGAAGAACCGACUUUCGAUGCCCGAGCUGUUCGACGCUGGCAACAUUGACCCGCAUACUGGCGAGGUAGCUCCGCUGUCUGCCGCGCAGGUAAUUGGCAAUAAGGCCAACGAGCAGUUCCACGUGGACUCGUCGUUCAACGCACGGAGAGCCGGUCACUCCCUGCUUCUCGCCCAUGUGUUGCCGCCAGAAGGAAUGGGAGGUGCAACAGAGUUCGCUGACUCCCGCACUGCGUAUGAUGACCUCUCUGAAGACAUGAAGAAGAGGCUUGACGGUUUGGUCGCCAACCACUCGCUCUUCCACUCGCGGAAGAAGGCCGUGCCAGAAUACUUUGCCGACACUGACCCGAUGAAGCUGCCGUUGUCGAAGCACAAGCUGGUCCAGAGACACGAAUGGAGUGGCCGGAUGAAUCUGUACAUUGCCAGCUACGUCCAUCAUAUCGAGGACAUGGAUCCUGCGGAGAGCACCACGUUGAUUGAGGAGCUGUUAGCUCACGUAUCGAAGCCGAAGUACAGGGGGACUAUCCCAUGGUUCCAAGAAGGUGAUAUGGUGCUUUGGGACAACACAGCAGCAAUGCACCGAGCGACAGGAGGUUCGUACGAGGGCCAGUUCCCCCGGGACAUGCGGAGGACAACAGUCAAGGACAUGAGCAGUCAGAAAUACGGCCUGAACGGAGAAGGAGCAGACUGGCGUGUUGGCCUGCCGUAG